UAUCGUUCUCCAGCCUUUGGAGACACAACGAGUCAUACUUAAACAAUCAUAAAAAAUAUAUAUAUUUUUUUUUAUCUAAAUAUCUUGAAUUGUUAUAAAUAAAAGUAAAAAAAUCAACGGAAAAUCCUAAAAUCAAACCAAGUGAAGCUAAAAAAAUCGUUUUUUUUUUUUCUUUUCUUAAUUUUUUUUCUUUAAAAGAACUUUUUUACAUUAUUAUUAAUAAUAAUGUAAUGGAAUUAUUAAUUAUUAUAAAAUUUUCUUGAAAAUUUUUAUUACAAAACUUUAAUUGUGUUUUUUUUUUUAAAUUUAAUUUUCAUUGUAAUUAAAAAAGUAUAAUUUUAAGUGAUUCUUUAAAAAAUGGUUUUAAUAAAAUACAAUGAUAAUUUAAAUAGUCAUACAAAAAGUUUAAUAAUAAAGAAAAAAAAAAUUUAAUUGAAGAAGAACAGUCGUCAGUGAACCUUGAGUAAAACUCGACAAACGAAAUUAAUUAACUCUUACGAAUUAUUUUCUGGAAUAAUUUUAGUUGUGUGUUUGUGUGUGUGUGUGUAUAUAAAAUUUAAUAUAAUACAUUAAUAUUAUUAUUAACUAAAGUUAUUAAAAUUAUAUAUCAUUAUUCAUUAUUAUUGUUAUUAUUUUGUUAAUAAUUAUUUAAUGUUUAUUCAGUGAAAAUAUUUUCGAAAGUCUGACCAAAAUGCGACUACGACUACUAGUUUUUUUCAUAAUUUUCAUUGAAAAUUAUUUAACAGGUAAAUGUUUAAAAAUGGUAGAAUUGAAAGUACCAAAUAUCAUUGAUCCAAGAGAAGAAAAAGUAAAAUUAUAUUGCAAUUAUGAGCUUGAUGCUGGUGAAAAAUUAUAUUCAAUAAAAUGGUACAAAGAUACAAAUGAAUUUUAUCGUUUUAUGCCAGAUGCAAAUCCAUCUGGUGUAGAUUUUCAUGUUGAUGAUAUUCAAGUUGAUAUUAUUGAUAGCAAUGAUAAAGUAAUAACUUUAAUACAAAAUUUGGAUAUAUUAAAUUAUGAGACAAGUGGUCUAGCUGGAUCAUAUGCUUGUGAGGUCUCAACAGAUGCACCAACUUUUCAUAUGAAGUUUGACGUUGCCAAUAUGAGUAUAGCUGUUUUACCACAACGUGAUCCUGCCCUGGAGGGUUUACGUUCACACUAUGAUGAUGGUGAUAUUCUUGAAGCUCAAUGCACAUCAUCACCAAGUUUUCCAUCAGCUAAACUUGCAUUUUAUAUCAAUGAUAUUGAGGUAAAAAAAUCACUGACAAGAGAACUCCCUGGUGUGGGACUUGCUGGAGGAAAUCUUUCAAUGACACGUCUUGGUUUGUCAUUGCCACUUGUACAACGUUAUUUUAAGCCAUCUGGAAAUCUUCGUCUAACUUGUAAAUCAAUCUUGCCAGGAAUAUCAGGCUCUAAAUCUCGUGAGACCAGUACAAUUAUUUCACUUGGAACAAACAAUGAGAGACUUGCACAAGAGGCAAAAGUAUCAAUCUCAUCACCAUCAUCAUCAUCAUCAUCAUCAAAUAAAUAUUAUUUUAAUAAUCAUUUACUCAGUGUUAUAUUAAUCAAUAUAAUUAUUAUUAAAAUUUAAUAAUUACUUUAAUUAAUUCAAAAAGCAAUAUAAUUGUAAAUAUUUUUUAUCAUCUUCAUUAAUUCAUAUUUUUUUUUCCUUCUUAAAAUAUAAGUAUAUUUUAAAAAAUAAAUAUUUUCUUCUCAUUAUUAUAUCAUAAUUAUUUUCAUUGAUUUACUGUCUAAAUUUUUUUUUUUUUUGUUUUGUUUAUGAACAUGAAAAAGAAAUAAUUCAACUAAUUUUAUUUAAUCUCACCCCAAAAUUAUUUUAUCAUCACGAAAAUCUCUGAAGAAAAAAAAAUAAAAAUAAAUAAAAUUAUUCAACACCUGUAAUAGAAAAAAAAACAAAAAAUUCUAAAAUUAAAUAUAAAUGAAAUAAAAUAAAGAUCAUUAUGUUAUAGUAAAGUGAAA